GGCCACGCGCUGGAAAAUCCCGUGAGCCGCUCUCACGUCAGUAGAGGGCGGAAGCGCAGAUUCCAGGAUGCGGUUCCUGGUUGCGUUGCUCCUGCUGAGUGUGGCGGUGGCGAGAGCUCUGCCGUCCGUUUCUAAGCGAGACACCGCCUCAGGUGAAGAUAACGGCUCCAAACAGUCCUCCACACCCCUGCCUCCUGAUGUUGAGUCUUCUAACAAGGUAAAGACCAGCAGGCCGACUUCGGCAGCAGUGUCCAGGAAGGAGGAAUCUGGACAGCCGACCGAUCUCCAUUUGGGUGGUUCUGAAAGGCAGCCCAAGACAGCAGGUGCCAAGUUGAGCGAAACUGUGCAGCCACUCUCACCAGUCGACUCCAGACAGGAAUCUGGUCAGAAACCCACAAAAGAUACCAACGAGCCCACUGGAGGUGAUUCCAACGAGCCCACUGGAGGUGAUUCCAACGAGCCCACUGGAGGUGAUUCCAACAAGCCCACAGGAGGUGAUUCCAACAAGCCCACAGGAGGUGAUUCCAACAAGCCCACUGGAGGUGAUUCCAACAAGCCCACUGGAGGUGAUUCCAACAAGCCCACAGGAGGUGAUUCCAACAAGCCCACAGGAGGUGAUUCCAACAAGCCCACUGGAGGUGAUUCCAACAAGCCCACUGGAGGUGAUUCCAACAAGCCCACAGGAGGUGAUUCCAACAAGCCCACUGGAGGUGAUUCCAACAAGCCCACAGGAGGUGAUUCCAACAAGCCCACUGGAGGUGAUUCCAGCAAGCCCACAGGAGGUGAUUCCAACAAGCCCACUGGAGGUGAUUCCAGCAAGCCCACUGGAGGUGAUUCAGUCAAGCCCACAGGAGAUGAUUCCGGCAAGCCCACAGAAGUUGGUCCGAAUAAGUCCACAAAAGAUGAUUCUGACAAGUCCACAAAAGUUGAUUUGGACAAGCUCAACUCCAAAAUCUCCUCAGAUAGGGAGACUCCAAAAACUGACAAAGUCCAGCUAACUGAAAAGGGACAGAAACCAACACUUAUUUCCAAAACUGAAUCUGGGGAAAGACUGGCAGGGGACUCUGACUUCUCUUUAAAGCCGGAGACAGGAGAUAAGUCUUCAGAGCCUACUGAAGAUGUGGAAACCAAGGAGAUUGAAGGGGUUGAUACAGAGCCGGAAGAAGGCUCACCGCUUGAAGAAGAGAAUGAAAAGGUGUUGGGCCCGUCCUCCAGUGAGAACCAAGAGGGGACACUUACAGAUUCUAUGAAGGAUGAGAAGGAUGGCCUUUAUAAGGACAGCUCUGGAAACGCCAGUGCAGAGAGCAGCCACUUCUUUGCAUAUCUGGUGACCGCUGCUGUUCUUGUUGCUGUCCUCUAUAUUGCUUACCACAACAAACGAAAGAUUAUUGCUUUUGCCCUGGAAGGGAAAAGAUCCAAAGUCACUCGGAGGCCGAAGGCCAGUGACUACCAACGUUUGAACCUAAAGCUUUGAUUUUUAUUUGUCUGCAAGAACCUUGGCCUCCCUGCUGAUUUGUUUCCGAAUCAAGAGAAAUGAAAAGACUGUGACCUCCUCUGGGGUUUGGUGGCAAGUCUGGGCUGGCGGAGAAGGGAUUGCUUCAGGUUUUGCACCUGCACUUUGAUGACAUUGUCCUCUGGUGAUGUUUUAUUUACUUCUGUGUUCCCUUUAUGCUGAUGUGUUCAUCAUCCUUUCUUCCUUGGAGUGCAAGUGGAGGGAGCGUGUGGAACCAUGGAUGUUACGAAAGGAAGACCUCACCUUAGGCAGGCCACACGAUGGACCACCCUCCCAUAGCCUCUUUAUCUUUGCAAUUCUAGGAGCAAACUAUAGAGAGGUGCUUUCUAGACGAGAUGUAGAGGAUCGUUAUGUGGGAUGCUGAUAGGCAGAGUCGGGGUCGAAUACUUACUCUCUACAGAGGCCUCAGCUGCAAACCAGAUUAGCAAGUUAAGAAGUGUUAAAGGCCAGUCCAUCUGAUAGUCUGUAUAUUUCUCUGAGUUUGCACUCUAGCUGUACCAGCGCAAAAGGGGCUCGAGGCUUCUGAAAGGAAAGUCACUGUUCCAUGGGAUUUUUUUUUUUUGAUUUUUUUUUUUUUAAUAUGGUGAUGACCAUUAAACCAGUGUGUUCUUGCAAACAGUCACCCCAGUAGCAACUUCCUGGAAAGGGGCAGGUUCAUGCUUUGUUUUAAAAACCACAUAGGAUGGAUUUAGUAUGCAGGAAAGAGGUUUUCUACAAAUUGAGUUUUGCCUUUAUUGCCUGCAGUAGAUAGAUAUUUAGAAAUUAACUGCAUUUUCCACACUCUUCCCUGCUGUUUAAAGUGCCCAGGGAAUGAGUGAAAUCUUUCCUAUCCUGUCAUAUCUGGUCAUGAAACUAUAAGAAACCAAGUAGGUUCCCUGAGAUAACCGAAGAUGUCUUGGAUUAUGCUGUGUCUAAAGUUUUAUUCCAGUCUAUAUAGUUAGGCCUAAAGAGAGAAAAGUCUCAGCUAAUCUCAGGGAUGUUGAGAGAAUGAGAAGAAAAAUAUGAGUCCUGUGCUGUUGGAGAAAUCAGUCUAAAGAAAAAAUGGUCUUGGAGUUCUUUUCCCAUGCUGACUGCAGCAUGCGCUUGAGGUUGAAGUUUGUAUUCUUGGCAGGUGUCAUUCUAGACUAAGGUCGUUGCAACUAUUUUCUCAACUGUCCACAAGUCUGCUAUUACUUUUUUCCCAAGCCAAGAAGCCUUUUUCAGUCUCCUUCAGCUUUCUCUAACAGCUCUUUAGUUCCCCACUUGGAUUUUCUCUUCUCUUUAGAUCAGUUUGUACACCUCUGACUGAACACCUCCCCUUAGAGCCCGCGCCCGUAUGCAUGCCCAUACCUGUCCUGUGCCAGUUGGUACUGCUUCUGUUACCUUCCCUCCUCUUCCUGACAUUUGCAGGUUUGCCUUGGUCUGUUUUCCUCCUGUUUCUCAAGGUUACUCAGGUAACAGAUCACCAAAUUCAGCAGUUCAUUCUCACAGCUUGUAACACCUGGUAAUGAUGGAUGCUGGGGUCUAUCCAUAUUGACAUUCUGUGUAUCUCUUGCAAAUUGCCCUUUGCUUUAUAUUAUGGGGUUGGGGGGAGGGUGCCCAGUUCUUAUCACUUUGACCAUCUCAAUAAAUCCAUCCAUUCUUUA